AGAUUUGUUCUUAGCAAUCUUUGACGACACUCGAAGGAAAAAUUUCUUUAAAAAGGAUUAAUUAGGAUGCAGCCUACGAGCUCAAUGAAUGAAGAAUUCCUAAAGAAAUGGCAAAUGGGUCUUCAGAUAUUCCGUCCUUCGAUAGACAACACGAGUGUCCACGAGAGAAAGAAAGCAAUAAAGCUCUCUGCAGACGUUGCAAUGGCUUCUCUCAGAAAAGGAACAACUUGUUGGAGCCGAGCCCUAAUCGAAAAAACCGCCACCGAGGACAAUUUUCUCGUACGUCAGAUGCUUUCUGGUAUCAAAGCGGAAUCGCUAAUCAACAAGAAGUUGCCUAAAAAGAUUGUGUGUCAUAGGAAGAUCGUGAGGCGAAGCAAGAAGAUCUUGAGGAGGAAAUCGAAAUCAGCGAGCGAGGAGGCCGCAGCAAAAGCUAAGAGACUCGUUAAGAGACGGACUCAAGGAUUAAGAAACGUUGUCCCCGGUGGUGAGUUGAUGAGCAAUGACGUCUUGUUGCUACAAGAAACCUUAGAUUACAUUGUGUCGCUUCAAACGCAAGUAAAUGUUAUGAGAAGUAUUGUUGAUGCUGCCGAGGCCGAAAUUGAGAGGUAAAUGGUUUUUUUUUUUUUUUGAUGCGGGGAUUAAUUGCGAAAGCAUGAUCUUGAUCGGAUCUCGUUGUUGUUCAUUAGAACCGUAUGUUGUUCGGACAAUUGCGAGGAUGG